AGCCUUGUUGUUAUGUAGGUUGUCAGGGCGCACCAAGCUAGCGCACCACUCUGUUAGCUGAUAACGGAUUAGGGGAGAUUUAGUUAACGAUGAAACGUUUACUUAUGCAUCAACACGGGUGUUUUAGCCCCGAACUGCCUCCUUGAUCUGACUAAAAAGUGCUGCGGUGAAAGCGUAACUUUUUUUUUUUUAUCGAACCAGACUGUUGUUGUGUGGGGUUUGCUAUCUCGGCGAAUGAGCGUCAACAUGUCGAAACUAAACAUGGACCAUCUACAGCAGCAGGAGGACUCUGGUGUCAGAGAAGAUUCCUCCUCUUUGCCUCCCCUCCGCUCCACUCGACCACCCGUCCAAAGGAGCAGCGUCUGUUCACGGGCAUACUUCGUCGUGGUGAUGGUCUUCUUUCACGUCUACAUUCUGAAUGUCAUCGCCCUGUUGAUGUACGUGCACUACAAUAAUGGCCAUAGAGACCCUGUCGCUGGCGAUGAGCCUUUCUCUUCAUCUGCCAGCGAGGGUGAAAGUCCUCCCCGCCAUCCAACGCCUCCUGAAAUUGAGCUGCGAGUGGUGGGGCUUAGUCAUCAUUUCAGACUUGCUCGCACUGAGGGGAUAAGGGUGGGACAUGUUCAGGCAGUCUCCCUCGUGGCGGACAGAACGCACAAGAUGAAAACGCUCAGCCUGAAGCCUCUGUUAUUCGAGAUCCCUGGCUUCCUGUCAGAGGAGGAGUGCCGAGUGGUGGUGCAGCUGGCCCAGCUGAAGGGUCUGAUGGAAAGCCAGAUGACCGAAGGCAGCCAGUCAAACCAGCAAGACGUGUCAAACCAGCCACUUCUUUCGCUGAGCACCGAGGAGGUCUUUAGUCUGUUGGACCUCAACCAGGAUGGGUUGUUACAGAAACAGGAGAUUGUGAGUCACUCACGCUCUCAAGAUGGGACUUGGUUGAGUCCAGACAACCUACAUCAGAUACUCACUGGUCUGGAAGUCUGCUCAACAGGGAUGCUGAACCUGGAGGAAUUUAAGCGUGUUUACGACGUGUCCCAAAGCCCAGGACAAGAACAAAGUGAGAAACUCUGGAGUCGGUUCAAGCAGAGAAGCAAACAUACGUGGCUUUAUCAAGGCCCUGGAUCCCAUCACGUGCUACAGACACUAAGGAGCCGUGUAACAAUCCUUACUCAUCUGCCUACUUCAUUGGUUGAGAUGAGCGAGCCACUACAAGUAUUUCGUUAUGAUCUCGGAGACUUCAGCGAUGCCCAUCACGACAGCAGCUCACACCGUGCAGAAACCACCUGCACGCACACACGACUAGCAAGAAAUGCUUCGACCUUCAAAGAGGUUUCCUGCAGGUAUCUUACUGUGUUGAUCUACCUCAACCCUGUAGAAGAGGGCGGCGAGACCACGUUUCCUGUAGCAGACAACCGUACGUACGACGAGCAGGCACUGAUCCAAGAUGGAGUUGAUUUAACAGACACCCGAAAGACAUGUGAGCGAGGGAACCUAAAGAUAAAACCCACUGUGGGGACGGCACUCCUCUUGUACAACCAUCUCUCCGAUGGCCAAGGUUGGAUGGGCGAGCUUGAUGAGUAUUCCUUGCAUGGCGACUGCCUAGUAAAGCGUGGCCUGAAGUGGGUCGCCAACCUCUGGGUAAAUGUGGACCCAGACCACCAGCAGCAAGCCCGUUACCAGAGACUAUUUGCUGAAAGGUAUCAAGCUAAGUCAGGCAUGGAGGAGCACUCUCAACCACUUUCACACAUUGACCUCCAUCAGGAUCUAUAGCCAAGUACCUCGGACUGCUCGUUAAUUUAUGUUUACUGCAAUGUUGUAUACAGGGAUCCAUCCAUUUUCUGUCGUGCUUGCCCUCAUAAUCGUCACAGGUGAGCUGGUGUUUAUAACAAAUCAAUCACAAGGCACCUAUAGUCAAGUCAUUGUUAUUCAUAUAGCGUCAAUUCACAACAUAAGUUAUCUUAUGGCACUUUACACAUGGAGCAGGUUUAAAAGUACCCUCCUAAUACAUUUAAGAGAACCAACUGAACCCCACAUGAGUGAGAACUUAGUGACGAAGGCAGAGGAAAAACUCAACCUCUCGGGAAGAAACCUCGAACAGAAGCCAGUUUUUGUGAUGAGGCUGUCUUCUCUCAACAAGUUGGAUUGUGAUAGGUGGAUUGAGGAGAGAUAGUGAGAAUGUAGACAUUGGCAAGUUGUACAUUCCAUACCUUGGCCCUUAUUGGAGACUUAAUUGACUUUUAAACAUCUCAGUUAAACCAUCAAUAAUAUACAAAAGCUAAAUAUUACACGUCUAUUGUUGUUCUCAUCCAACCAGGAUUGUAUUCUCAAGGCAUCCAAUAGAUCACACCUGGAUUGUUCCGUUUGUCUUAGAAGACGUUUCGCCUCCCAUCCGAGCAAGCUUCAUCAGUUCAUGCUCAUAGACUUAGAUUGGUCAGACCAUUGGCAUUGCAUCGAUAGCAACUGGAUCCGGCCAAUAGACCUAGAGCUGAGUCUAUGAGCAUAAACUGAUGAGGCCUGCUCACAUGAGAGGCUAAAUGUUUUCUAAGACAAACUGAACAGUCCAGCUGCAAUUAAAUGCCUUGAAAAAUAUAACAAGGCAUGGCAGUCUUCCAGAUAACAGUCAAAAAUAUACAGUAGCUAGCAAACAUGUCAGAUCAUAGCGUUUGUUAAAUAAGACAAAAUGAACCUGUUCGACUUCUAAACUACAUCGUCAUCUGGAUCAGCUCAGAAUCAAUAUUUUUGGCAAAAGCAUGAAAAUAAUUAAAUGCAUCAUACCAGAAAUGCUGAUUUU